AUGGCCUCAGCCGGGGGCUUGACACGCCGACGAGGCGGCGGUCGAGCUACUGGCCCAGAAGAACAAGAUGACAGCCGAGUCUCGUCGCCUGUCUCGAGAAACAACUCCGCCAUGGACAAUCGUGGUCCGGAGACCUCGUUCACCGCUGGAGAGAACGGCCACAAGAUCGCAUUCGACCCCCGCGACCUCAGUGAAACCGAAGAGCGGAGCAAGCAACCCAAGCUCACCUUGAUGGAAGAGGUACUGUUGUUGGGAUUGAAGGAUAAGCAGGGCUACCUGUCCUUCUGGAAUGAGAACAUUUCCUACGCCCUGCGCGGGUGUAUCGUUAUCGAACUUGCGCUCCGCGGUCGCAUUAGUAUGCAGAAGGAUUCCUCGCGACGACGCUUUCCCCUGGCCGACCGCGUGAUCGAAGUCAUCGACGACACAUUGACCGGGGAAGUCUUGCUGGACGAGGCGCUAAAGAUGAUGAAAUCGAGCGAGAAGAUGAGCGUGAACUCCUGGAUUGAUUUGAUGAGCGGCGAGACAUGGAAUUUGAUGAAAAUCGGAUACCAAUUGAAACAAGUGCGUGAGCGACUGGCCAAAGGUCUGGUGGACAAGGGUAUCCUGCGAACCGAAAAACGAAACUUCCUCCUCUUCGAUAUGGCAACUCACCCUGUCGCCGACGGCGGCGCCAAGGACGACCUGCACCGUCGCGUGCGUAACAUCUGCAGCAACCGCACCGUGAUCAUCCCUCCCAGCCCGUGGCUUCCCGAAGACUCCGAAUUCCGCUACCUACGCACCGUGACGAUGGUCUGCGCUGCAUAUGCGGCGAACGUAUUGGAGAAUGCGCUAGUCACGAUGAGCCACGAAGCCCGUGAGAGAGCAUUUGCUCAGGUGGAUGAGCUACUGGCAGAGUACUCGCAAUAUCCGUUUGCUCGGCGGGCAGGUGGGUCACAGGCGAUUGGAGCCAACCUGGCCCAGGCCAUCAAUGACGAGGCCAACAAGAACAAGGACCGAGAGCUCCAGUUGGAGAUUGUCGCCGCAUGCUUGAGCGUUUUCACCAGACUUGAUUCUUUACUUUAA